AUGCCCGCACCCUGCCAGCAUUCGUGCAGCUGCCGCCGGGGCCCAGGCAUGGAGCGGGGGAAAUGGUACGGGGUUCGUUCCUACCUACACCUUUUCUAUGAGGACUGCACUGCAGCGAAUCUGGAUGACGAACUGGAUUUGCCCCCAACAUCUCCAGCCAGCAGCGGCUGGUCCUCUGUCGUCCGGAAGGUGACCCUCUCCGCUGGGACCCUGCUGCUGCUCAUCGGGGCCUCGGCUUUGGCCACGGGGUACCUCCUGCCUCCCAAGCUGGAAGGGAUCGGCGAGGCAGAGUUCGUGGUGCUCGACCAGAAGGCCGUGGAAUACAACCACGCCUUGGGGAUCUGCCAGGCCGUGGGUGCGGUGUUAUGCGCCAUGGCUGGGGCUCUUCUGACCGCCUGCCUUCUGUCCUCGGGGCUGCGCAGCUGGAACAGGGGCGGCAAACAGGGCCAGGACCGCGAAAACCAGGAAGAGCAGCUGUCCCCCAUCUUGCGGGAGGGCUCCCCUGGGCAGCGCCAGGGCACCAUUGUCACAGCAGCUCCCGUGCCCUUCAGAGACCCCUGGGUGCAGAGCAUUCAGCCUAAGAGAGAGCCGUAAACCCAGACUUUUCGAGAGGGGAAGAAGCCAUGCGCAGAGGCCCAUCACAGGCCACCUUUCCAAGCUGUCACUUCCCUCCUCGAGCUGUUUGCCGCAUCAUGCUUUGAAUGUCACGUUUCGAACCAGUGGCUCCCAAACGUUUUCAGGGCACCGUCCC